AUGCGUUUCCUCCCCACCGUCCUGACGGCCCUGGCCGCCCAGGGCGCCAUUGCGAGCACUUGGUUCUCCAAGGCCGCCUACAACAAAUGGCACGAGACUGAGCUCGAACGCUGGCUCUCCGACCAUGACGUCCCCUACCCCACCCCCGCCGACCGCAAGGACCUCGAGAAGCUCAUUGAGAGCAACUGGAACAACUACGCUGUCGCCCCCUACAACUCGUGGGACACCGACCGCCUUCAGAAGUACCUGAAGGCAAAGGGUCUUCAGACUGAGGGCGCCGCCAAGGCCAACAAGGAGUCCCUCGUUUCCCAGGUCCAGAACGCCUGGUAUGAGACUGGCGACCAGGCUCAGAACGCCUACCUCAACGUCAAGGACUGGAUUCUGGACGGUUGGACCGACAGCCAACUCAAGGCCUUUGCUGACAAGCAUGGCAUUCCUGUUCCCCAGCCCCGCAACCGUGACAGCCUCCUCCAGAAGGCUCGCGCCAACUACGAGACCAUUGCCCAGAAGGCUGGCGAGACUGCCUCCUACCCUGGCAACUGGCUGUACGAGACCUGGUCUGAGUCUGAUCUCAAGGAGUGGCUCGACACUCACGGUUUCCCUGUUCCCCAGGUCACCAGCCGUGACAAGCUGAUUGCCUCUGUUCGCCGCAACUCCCGUCUUGCUUCACUCAAGGCUCAGGAGCAGGCUGCCAGCGCUUCUGAAAGCGCCCAGCAGGCAUACGCUACCCUGACUGACAUGGUUAUUGACGCAUGGAGCGACUCUCAACUCAAGGAGUUUGCUGACAAGAACGGCAUUCCUGUCCCUCAGGGUACCAAGUCCAACGAGCUUAAGGCUCUGAUCCGCAAGCACCGCGCUGACUUCCUUCAAAACAACGUUUCUGGCGCGGCUGCCAGCGCUUUCGGUGCUGCCACCUCCAACGUCGGCUCUGCUGCUUCCAAGGCCACUGACACUGCCUCUAACGCUGUUUCUGACGCUUUCAACGCUGCCAUCAACACCUGGUCCGAGACCCGUCUUAAGGGCUACCUUGAUGCCCGUGGUGUUCCCGUUCCCCAGGGAUCCAAGACUGAUGAGCUCCGUGCCCUCGUUCGCAAGAACCAGCAUAAGGCUGCCUCCGGCUGGAGCGCUUGGACUUAUGAUGACUUCUCUACCGAGAACCUGAGGAAGUACCUUGCUUCCAGCAGCGAUGCUACUGUUAAGAAGGUUGCCGAGAAGAAGGACGCUUCCCGCGAUGAGCUCGUCAGCGCUGCUCAGUCUGCCUACAGCUCUGCAUCGUCUGCUGGCGGUUCUUCGUACGCAUCUGUGACCAGCUACCUAUCUUCGGCUACCGACUCUGUUAAGUCCAACGUUUUCGACACCUGGAGCGAGAGUGAGCUCAAGUCGUACCUGGAGAGCUAUGGCGUCAAAGUUCCUCAAGGCUCCACCCUCGAUGAACUCCGUGCCUACGCCCGCAAGCAGUACACGUACUUCAAGUACGGCACCUCGUCGCCUUCCGAGACUCUCUACGCUAAGAUCGCAGAGAAUGCUAAGAGCACUUGGAACUGGGUUGCCAACCAGGUUGGCCUUGGUGCUGAUGUCGCUCAGAAGAAGGCCGCCGAUACCAAGAAGGCCGCCGAGAACGCCAAGAAGCAGGAGUUGUAA